AUGAAGAAGAACCGCGGACUUCUCAUACAGUGGUUGAAGCUGUCACAAUUUCGUCCACCGAUGAUUCGGGGAGGUCGGGAUGAUAGUUGGAAGGUUUUCCCGCUCCGCAAACUUGGACCCACAGAGCAUGAUAAAUACGCCAACUAUAUCCUUCAAAAAACCCAAGUGAUUUCAAUUUUGACGAAUUGGUACACACGCUUUUGCGAUUAUUCCGCGAGGAAACGUCAAUUUUUAAUAUUCCGUUAUCGAUGCCUGAAGCUAGUGAAAAGUGAUGCAGACAACUUUCUCACUUAUUCGGUCAUCGUGAACCGGGAAUGCGAACGGUUCAAACUCGGAUGGUUAACGGAAGAUCAGUUCAAGUCGCUGAUUUUCACAUGCAUACAUUCAUGCAAUCCCCGAAGGAUGCAAAAAUCCGUACUCGACUACUCAGCCGCAUCCAGCAGGGACCAUCAAUGA